AUGUAUGCUAAGGCUUGCAGCAUCAUGGGCGAAACCGUUCCUGUAUUGAUUAAAGGCGGGCAAAUCCAUGUGCAUAAAGAGGUCCUGACCUCUACCUCGGACUUUCUCAAGAUUGCCAUGAAGCCGAAAUGGCGUACCGAUGAGAACCGCCCGAUCGACCUGACUGAGGAAGAUGCCAAAGCCGUUGAAGCAUACUGCCGAUGGCUUUACUCGCACACAAUUCCUUGCCAUGAUGAUAUCCUGUACACCACCAGACUCCUAUGUCAGCUCUUUGUCCUUGGUGAGAAAUUGCUGGACCAAACACUCAAGAACGCGGGCUCGCCAGUACGCCGCCUCAUGGUUGACUUAUAUGUAUACAAUGCACAUUCUGCCUGGCUCAGCCCCCAUGAUUGUGCCUCUUUUCGGGGGACUGACUUCUUGGAAGAGUUGGUACCAGCUUUGCUAAGUGCGCGGCCGCAACCAUCUUUCGAAAAAGGACGACCAUGGGUAGUUCGGCCCGAGUCCUACCGUGAGGGAGCAUUUACCUAUGGAAACAAUGUCGAAACUGGUUCGACAAAAAGCACCUGA